AUGGUAAUCAUGGAGCUGCUGCUAGGUCCGCAGCCGUUGGUACGACCAAUGUUCACACAACACACGCAUAUCGUCGACAACAUGAAUAGCGUCGAACAGUGUGCAGACGACAGAGAACACGCGAAGAGUGUUGAAAUUAAUGAGGGUGCAGAAUAUGUGAGAAAAGAUUAUGUGGAAAUAAAAUAUGAUCAAAUGUUGGACGACACGUCGAAAAGUCCGACUUCCGGCGAUGAAUCGUCACGAACUCACGGGGGUAACUACAGAUCUGAAUUAAAGCGACCCGACCUGAAAGGAAGUUUUCGAUGUUCGAUAUGUGCGAAGGUGUUCUGCCACUCGUCGUCAUUGUCAAGACAUCGAAUGCAGGCUCACUUCAAGAGCUACAAAUGCACUCUUUGUCGCAAAGACAUUACUACGGCUACCGUAACCGUUGUCGAAUUGCGCGCGUUGUCCUUCAUAGGGCUGCUGUCCGACUGUCCAUUGACAUUCUACGUCGCCGAAGCGAUCCGUAACGCAGAAUGUCUUAUCAUAGAUGCUUGUUGUGUAUUUGAGUCGGCUAUUAAUCAUUUCCCUACAUCUCGUUUGACCCAAAUAGCAUACAACGCUGACCGCCGUUAA